UUCGUCGGUUACGACUUCGCUUUAGCAGCCACCAUGGGUUACGCUUCAGCUCCGACAACGCCCUACCACUUUCUUAAAUCAUUAAUUGCCACCGAUGAGUAUUAUUGCCCUCAUCAUCACCGUACCUCCUCUGCCAUCAUCUCCUCAGCUCUCAGAUUUUGAGCAAUUGUUCGGAUCAAGAAGGAAAAUCAUCGAAGAAGAUUUUGGGCAUUUGUUCGGAUCAAGAAGGGAAAUCAUCGAAGAAGGAGGAUUUGACAAUGCUCAUGCUGUUGCCAGGGCUUAUGAUCGAGCUGCGAUUAAGUUUCGUGGGGUUGAUGCUGAUAUCAACUUCAAUAUUAGUGAUUAUGAGGAAAAUCUUAAACAUAUGAAAAACCUGACAAAGGAAGAGUUUGUGCAUAUACUUCGUCUCCAAAUCAAUGGAUUUGCUCAUGAGAUUAGGUACAAAGGGGUGACACUUCACAAAUGUGGCCGGUGGAAAGCUCGCAUGGGACAAUUCCUUGGUAAAAAGUAUUGAAUCAUUCUCCAAAUUAGGAGAUUCCAUCUAUUUUGAGGAGACGGAAAGUAUCCCAGGUCUUUACAUCAUACAGUUCAUACCAAGUGCGUUUGAUUGGAAGUCUGGAAGCAUUAUGAUAACGCAGAAAAUAAAACCUAUUAAUUCAUGGGAACCCACUCUUCAUGUCACAUUGUCAAUUCUUUUAAAGGAGAUAUUUUCUUCAUCGCCUGUGAAGGAGUGAUUAAGUUAUAUACUUUCCCCUCAUUUUAUCAUCAUAUGCUGCUUAUAAUAUUGAUAUUUCUCCUAAAUUUUAAUUUGAUCUUUUCCGAAGUCACAUGUCAACUAAUGCUUGUUAUACUCUAAAACCCAAGGUCUUUUUUUUCUUUAUUUUAGUGCCCAAUGUUUUA